AUGAAUGAGCCGGAAUUCGUGAUUUCGGUGCCACAACAUGCCGUGCCCUGCGAGGUGGUAUGUUCCAUUGAGCAAUUCGAUCCUCGAAUGCUCAUGAAGAGGCCUGGCAGGCCCGAGGCGGUGCCGAUCCUUUGCAAGGUCUAUGAGAAAGUGGACGGGGAGAACCUCUACAGCGAUCAGCUGGUGUGCCGUUCCAACUGGCUCCCCGUGCGGGACUCCAUGGUGGCCUUCUCCGUGAACCGGGGCGGGGAGUAUCUCAUCGUGGCAGAAUUGCCCCAGGAAACCAGUCAUGUGGAGAGGAUGAUCUUCAGGUGUUAUGCCUCCCAACCCUACGUCAUGGUGGCCGCCCAUCGAAUGACCCGGAGACAUUUGCUGGCCAAGCCAGUGAAGCUUCCAGGUGCCUCCAAGUUGAGCUUCGUGGGGCUCAUGGAACCCGCUGGCUUCGAUAAGGACAAACCGGUGCCCCUGGACUGGGACUACGACGCCAUGCGCAAGGCGGUCUUUGACCUGGACACGGGCUGGAACGCCUUGGUACGAGAAGUACAGGAGGAUUGCGCCAUCAUGUGA